AUGAGAACUUCAACAGGCUCCCUCACUCAGGCUCAGAGGUUUGCUGUUGUGGGUGGCCUGAAGAGAGGGGCAGAGUCACCUGCCUGCUUCAAAGGACCAGUGUUUGAUAACCAGCUCAGCAUUAACGUCUUGGCAAGUUUCCAGUGGCAAGUGGAAGUUGUCUGGGCAUUGAAGGCGAUUUGCCUGGCCUGCCAUCCCAAAACAAAAGCUUUCAUCACUCAUGGUGGAGCUAAAGGCGUCUAUGAGGCCAUCCAUCAUGGGAUUCCCAUGGUGGGCAUUCCUUUGUUUGGGGAACAACGUGAUAACAUUGCUCACAUGGUGGCCAAAGGAGCAGCUGAUCAACUGGAUAUAAGAGCAAUAUCAAGGAAAGACUUGCUCAGAGCACUGGAAUCAGUCAUUCACAAACCUUUCUAUAAAAAGAACGCUAUGUGGUUAUCAACUAUUCACCAUGAUCAGCCUAUGAAGCCACUGGAUCCAGCUGUAUUCUGGAUUGAAUUUGUCAUGUGCCACAAAGGAGCCAAGCAUCUGAGGCCACUUUCCCACAACCUCGCCUGGUACCAGUACCACUCUCUGGAUGUCAUCAGAUUCCUACUGGCCUGUGUGGCCACUGUUACUUUCCUUCUCUUAAAUUGUUGCUUGCUUGUUUGCCAAAAGGUUUUUAAGAUGAGAAAGAAGAAAAAGAAGUAGAGCUUUCAAUAUUCCAGGGAAUGGACUAAGAGCAUACUAAG